AUGCAGUUUGACUCUUGCGAUGCAGCUAGACACUUCGAAUUGAUAGUUCCCCAGCGAGCAGCAGACUGUCCAGCUCUUCUAUACGCCAUCUUUUCCACAUCUGCAAGGCAUCUAAGUCGACAUCAACCCGACCAUGCCCAGUCAUACGCAUCCUCUUUUGAACUGGUUGACGCCGCAUUGGAAUAUCAAAACCUUUGUAUCUCAUAUCUGAUCUCCCUCUCUGGAGAUUCCACCGAAGUGCAGGAUGAAAACCUAUUGGCUGCAACCGUGAUACUUCGUUUCUAUGAAGAGAUUGACAUGCUCACGUUGCCAGCUCCAUUAGCCAGCAAGCUCAAGCUGCAACGGCAGUAUACGAUAGCGGAUGCCUUCUGGAUCGGGUGUCGCCAGGAGUUUCAUACCGCGUUCAGCAAUCAAAGGAGCUUCCGAUUUGACCUUCGCUGCUGCGAAGACUCCAUAUACAGAACGCUGGAUCCUGCAAAUGAUGAUACAUGGGCCAAUAGAGUCAUAUUGCGCUGUGCUGACGCAUUGAUGUAUUGCUAUGGCGAAGAGACGCAGAGUCAGAAGAGGUUUGAAGAGUUGUGGGAGUACAAUGAGGAAUGGCAUGCACGCAAGCCUUCCUCGUUCAGCCCCAUGUACUACCAGCCUUCUGAUCGACGCAGUGGAGCCAUAUUUCCAGAGAUUUGGUAUUUGGAUGACCGUAAAGGUGAUUUGACCUUUUCUUGA